AUGAACCAGAACCGUCAGGAGGGUCGAGCCAUCGUGAAGAACGCGGAUAUGCCCGAGGACAUGCAACAGGACGCUGUCGAGGUUGCAACAACAGCAAUCAACCACAACAGUGUAGAGAAGGAUAUCGCUGCGGAAAUCAAAAAGGAGUUUGAUCGGCGAUUUAAUCCAAACUGGCACUGUAUCGUCGGCCGAAGCUUUGGUUGGUAUGUAACUUUAAUCCUAAAGGUAUUGAUUUACCAUGCACUAUACCGUCACAAUAUCAAUACUCAGACUUGCCUUAACUUUCGUAGGUUGGACUAAGCUUAAAGUAUGAUUCUGACUACUUACCUCUAUCGGUUGCAACUCGAGGACUCGCCACGUUAUUUAGACAUUCAAAGAGCUCAAACACUUAUAAUCGUAGGAUUUUAUUUUUAUCAUGAGGACGCUACUGGUGGACGAGGACGAACAGACCAGAAAUGUGUAUCCCGGCUUCCCAAAUUCCUGCUCUUAUCGCCUAUUUAUUGUCCUGGUGCCUCCCUUCUUUUUGCCCAUAUUUGGAGCGCAUUGUUUAUUGAGUGGAGCAGGCUUGGCGACCAACAUUUAUGCCUUUUGGGAAUCUUGAGAGACAAGAACUUAGAAAAAACCAACGAAGAACAACUAACUUAUUACUAUUCUGCAUACUCAUUCAUGCAGAGCAGAUGCUGUAAACUUUCCGGGACGCUAUAAUGAAAACGAAAGAGGUUUUUUGGUAGAGGUCGAGCACAACUCGACUUUUCUGAAGAACUUCUUCGUUUUCGGCAGUUAUUUAUCCCCAUUGAAAGUUUGGUGCACAAACAAGUUUUGGGGUAAAACUACCGAGAUUAGCAAUCCAAGACAAACACAUGCGCAAUCAAAUCGCGAUCCGCUGAAAAAAACACCCAAGGGACUUUAACCAGCUGUUAUUUAAGAGUUUAACACUUGCGUGGAUAUGAUUUGCGGCAUUCACGCACCAAAUUAAUUCUCAUAGUUAUCGAGAAAUCCUAUUUCUGCAUUAUUUCUAUCUAGACGUUUCCCUAACUGAAAAAAGAGUGCACAUAUUUCAACAAGUUAACGUAGGCAAACGUACGUGUCCUCCUUGUAAGCCUUGGGCACACGCUUUUACAUGCAACCUGUACUAGGGUAGUGAGACUUCGAAAGGAUGUUUUCUGCGUGACAAAUGGUCGUGACAGGGAGAAAAAAGACUCGCAGUUUGGAACAAGGAUUUUAUUUGACAUAUCUUUUACAUUCACGCUCUAACCCACCAUCUAAAAACCCGGAGAUAAACGCAACUUGCACAGAGUUCUGAGGUAUUGCUAGGUACGACACUACAUGCUAAACAGAAUCAAUACAUUGCCUAUUUCUUGUAGAUGUUGACAUCUUUUACUCCCUCAGUUACCUUGAAGUCGUGGCCGCGUUUGGUUGAGUUAGUAAUAAUCUCAGAGCUGGCGUUUUCCCCUACUAUUAAUGCCUAUUUGGUCAUUCGUUGUUGUUUUUCUGGGGCAAUCGUGUUCCUUCUAACUGCUUCAGGUUCGCCAAACGACUCUCAAUGUUUUCUGCGGUGACAGCGAGCUUUUUGUCCUUAUUACCCGGCGCCCGAUAGUUGACUUCAAUUCAAAUGCAACCCAACUCUGCAUAGAGUGAGUAGGCGACUGACAGUUUUCGAGACGGUUUCCUGACGUAUGGGAUCGCUCGUCAAAAAAGGCUUCUGUGUGGCAUUUUCUUUAGUUUGGUCCGUGUAUGUACCGACUGGCAAGGUUACGCGCCCAACUAUUACUAGCUGUGAACGCUGAUUAAGGGUAUUACAAUUUGGUGACCUUAUCUUCCCAUAAACGCGACGACUGUCAAAUCUACUGCCUGCUUAGAUGCGCGGCAGCUGCAUUCUCUGAGUGCUGAAAUCCCAAUCAAUGGGUUACGUUUAUCUGUUAGUCAUGCUGUUGAUGCACUCCAAAGUGAAUUCAAACGUCGGACGGACGGAGUUUUCCCUCGAUGAUCAAGUCCCUCUUUUUUAUCCCGCUUCCUAAAAUGCGUCUUUUUUAAAUGUAUUGGGCGUUUCGUAGCAAUCUGAAUGGUCCAGUAGUGGUAUAAAUCAUAAAAUGCCCAGUUGACAACUGUUUUUUCUUGACUAUGCCUUGUGAGUAAAGAAGUCGUAUUUGUUUUAAGGACAUUUCUGCCUCCCACCAUCGUCUGCCCAUCCAUGGGCCUCUGAGACGUUGCCUAUUUUCUCAAAAAAUUUAACAUAUACCGUGUUAAUUUUGGAUUCAUCAAAACGGGCAAAGGAAUGGUGACAUUUCGUUUUCAAACAACCAAUGUUCAAACGACGUGGAUUAGUGCAUAAUGCUGCCUUAUCUUUUUCAUGUAAAAUGAGGUGUAGCGUCUGGUUAGUCGGUUUAUCUCCUGUUCAUUUGCAGGCAAAUAAUGAGUUCCAUAGAAUUAUGUGAGCAGUCAGAUUUAUCACUCAUCUUUUUGUUUUAGUUAUGUAACGCAUGAAACAAAGUGCUUUAUCUACUUCCUGAUGGGGCAGCUGGCAAUCCUUCUCUUUAAAUCGGGCUGA